AUGACCACCGAGGGCGGGCCCCCGCCGCCCCCGCCGCGCCCGCCGCCUGCCCCACUCCGCCGCGCGUGCAGCCCGGCGCCCGGCGCGCUCCAGGCCGCCUUGAUGAGCCCGCCGCCCGCCACCACCCUGGAGACCACCUCGUCGUCGUCGUCAUCUUCAUCCUCUGCCUCCUGUGCCUCGUCCUCUUCCAACUCGGUCAGCGCUUCGGCGGGUGCCUGCAAGAGUGCGGCGGGGGGCGGCGGCGCGGGCUCCGGCAGCGGGGGCACCAAGAAGGCGACCUCGGGGCUGCGGCGGCCCGAGAAGCCGCCCUACUCGUACAUCGCGCUCAUCGUCAUGGCCAUCCAGAGCUCGCCCAGCAAGCGACUGACGCUCAGCGAGAUCUACCAGUUCCUGCAGGCGCGCUUUCCCUUCUUCCGUGGCGCCUACCAGGGCUGGAAGAACUCCGUGCGCCACAACCUCUCGCUCAACGAGUGCUUCAUCAAGCUGCCCAAGGGCCUCGGGCGGCCCGGUAAGGGCCACUACUGGACCAUCGACCCGGCCAGUGAGUUCAUGUUCGAGGAGGGCUCGUUCCGCCGGCGGCCCCGCGGCUUCAGGCGGAAGUGCCAGGCGCUCAAGCCCAUGUACCAUCGCGUGGUGAGCGGCUUGGGCUUCGGGGCCUCGCUGCUGCCCCAGGGCUUCGACUUCCAAGCGCCUCCUUCAGCGCCUCUGGGUUGCCAUGGCCAGGGCGGCUAUGGUGGCCUCGACAUGAUGCCCGCAGGCUAUGAUACAGGCGCCGGUGCUCCGGGCCACGCGCAUCCACAUCACCUCCACCACCACCACGUCCCCCACAUGUCGCCCAACCCGGGCUCCACCUAUAUGGCCAGCUGUCCGGUGCCCGCAGGUCCUGCGGGCGUCGGUGCAGGAGCGGGUGGCAGCGGUGGUGGCGGGGACUAUGGGCCGGACAGCAGCAGCAGCCCAGUGCCCUCAUCCCCGGCCAUGGCGAGCGCAAUAGAGUGUCACUCGCCUUACACCAGCCCUGCGGCACAUUGGAGUUCGCCUGGCGCCUCACCUUACCUCAAGCAGCCUGCUCUGACGCCAAGCAGUAACCCCGCAGCCUCUGCUGGCCUGCACCCCAGCAUGUCCUCCUACUCGCUGGAGCAGAGCUACUUGCACCAGAACGCCCGCGAGGAUCUCUCAGUGGGACUGCCUCGUUAUCAGCAUCACUCCACUCCGGUGUGUGACAGAAAAGAUUUCGUCCUCAAUUUCAAUGGCAUUUCUUCUUUCCACCCCUCCGCUAGUGGCUCGUAUUAUCACCAUCACCACCAGAGCGUGUGCCAAGAUAUUAAGCCCUGUGUUAUGUGAAUGGACAGAGCCCUUGAAGGCUGCUCUCCCUCUUCG